AUGGUCGCCGACGCAGUCAUCUACCACCCUUCGGUGGCCCACUACCUCAAGUUUAUCGCGACUACCAUGGGCCGCGAUAAGCUUAUGCGCACCCUGCAGUACUUUUCUCGCUUCUACGCUUGGUACCUGUUCCGGACCAACGGCACCAAGGCCGAGAUUGCACCCUUUGAAGCCAUCAAGAAGCAGUUUGGCCUGGCGCGCAAGCUGCUCCGCGUCGGCAAGAACGUCGAGCACCUCAAGGCCGCCGCCGUGGCCGCCGACUCCAAGACCAUUGACCCGGUGCUGCGGUACACCACCGUCGGCAGACAGCUCGGCUACGCCGGAUACCUGACUUUUGACACGGCCACGGUGCUGGAUGCGCUGGGCGUCAAGAAGUGGGAGGGCGCCAAGAAUGUGCAAAAGGAGGCCUACAGGUUCUGGGCCUUCGGCCUGUUGUUCAGCAUCGCAGCCCAGUCCUAUACCCUGUACAGGCUGAGGGAGAGAGAAGUCAAGGUCGACAAGAAGGAGGGCGAGGGUGUUGUAGAGGCCAAGCGCAUUGGAAUUGAGCGGGCUGCUGCAAGACUACAGCUCAUCUCGGAUCUCUGCGAUUUCACCACACCUGCCUCGGCGCUCUCGUGGAUUGACUUUGACGAUGGUGUCGUGGGCUUGGCCGGUACGGUUAGCAGUUUGAUUGGUGUUUAUACAAUGUGGAAGAAGACUGCCUAG